AUGUGGAAGUACGGAACCAUCCCCAUAUCCUCCUCCUCCUCCUCGGAUGCCCCGCCUCCCGGCUCCUCUCCGCUCGACUUCAUCUCCCGGGCCAAGGCCCGCGGCGCGUCGGCACUCGCGACGCGCCAACCCUGGCGUGAGCUGGCCGACCCAAAGGCCCUCGCCGUGCCCCGGGGGCUAGGGGACGCCUACCUCCGCGCCCGCGCCAACCUCGCGCAUUUCUCCAUGAACUACGCCAUCGUGGUCCUCGGCGUCGUCUUCCUCUCCCUGAUCUGGCACCCCUUCUCCCUCAUCGUCUUCCUCGCCUGCAUGGUUGCCUGGGUCUUCCUCUACUUCCUCCGCGACGUCCCGCUCGCUCUCUUCGGCCACACCAUCGGUGACGGCGUCGUGCUCGCCGUCCUCUCGGCCCUCACGCUCAUCCUGCUCCUGCUCACCGGAGCCACCGGCAACAUCCUCACCUCGCUGCUCGUCGGGCUGGUGCUCGUCCUGCUGCACGCCUUGCUGCAUCGCCUCGCAGACAGCAUCGACGAGGAGGCCGGACGGUGGUACACACCCGUCACACCGCCGCAGCCGUACUAG